CUGCCUGUCUUUCUGUCUGUUUCCAGUUUGUGGGACAAUAAAGUUAAUAAAGUUAAUUUUGAAUCUUGAAAAAUAAAGGGAUGUUUGAAACGUGAAUAUAACGUAAGUGUAAUUUCCUGGAGAGGAAAUAAAAUCGCUUGCAGUCCUGAUGUUGGACACUUGGGGGCAGCGGAGCUCCAGCUGGUCUGUGUCAGGACUACAUUUCCCAGAGUUCCACAGGGAGAAGGAGCAGGCGGGGCUUUACCUGCCCACACCUGCAGAGAGUUGAGAGACUGAAGGAAGAAAACCAGACAGGAAACAAAGUGAGAAGAAAAUGUUGUUCGGAUCAACAGAAUCAGUCUGAUUCACUGAACUGGACCCAACUGAUCCGGACUGCUCUGAUCCGGGUUCAGUCUGAGUUCCCCUGGAUCCUGGAUCCACCUGAGACUCUGAAGAUUUCUCAACAUUUACCUGAAGCAGGAAGUGAGAGCAGGAGGAGCAGCAGACAUGGGCAGUAAGGAGCGUUACCAUUGGCAGGCUCAGAACGUGAAGGUGAGUGGGGUGGACGACAUGGUGCUGCUGUCCAAGAUCAACGAGGACGCCAUCACAGACAACCUGAAGAAGAGAUACAUGGACGACUACAUCUUCACCUACAUCGGUUCAGUUCUGAUCUCUGUGAAUCCGUUCAAACAGCUUCCUUAUUUCACUGACAGAGAGGUGGAGCUCUACCAGGGAGCGGCUCAGUAUGAGAACCCCCCCCACAUCUACGCGCUGGCGGACACCAUGUACAGAAACAUGAUGAUUGACAGCGAGAACCAGUGUGUCAUCAUCAGUGGUGAGAGCGGAGCUGGGAAAACGGUCGCUGCCAAGUACAUCAUGAGCUACGUGUCCAAAGUGUCGGGGGGAGGAGACAAAGUCCAGCAUGUUAAAGACAUCAUCCUGCAGUCCAACCCCCUGCUGGAGGCCUUCGGUAAUGCCAAGACCGUCCGCAACAACAACUCCAGCAGAUUUGGUAAAUACUUUGAGAUCCAGUUCAGUCGAGGAGGAGCUCCUGACGGAGGGAGAAUCUCCAACUUUCUGUUGGAGAAAAGUCGAGUCGUUUCACAGAAUCCUGGAGAGCGAAGCUUCCACAUCUACUACCAGCUGUUGGGGGGGGCGAGUGCAGAGCAGCGGGAGAACCUCGGGGUCACAACCCCCGACUACUACUACUACCUCAACCAAUCAGGGACCUACACUGUGGAGGACAUCAACGACAAGAAAGAGUUCUCUGAUACUAUGGGGGCGAUGUCAGUAGUGGGUCUGUCUGUGGAGGAUCAGGAUUCAGUUCUUCAGCUCGUUGCAGGAAUUCUUCAUCUGGGAAACAUCAGCUUCAGAGAGGAAAACAACUACGCUGUGGUCGAAAGCCAGGACUUCCUGGCGUUCCCGUCCUUCCUGUUGGGGAUCUCUCAGGACGGUCUCUGCAGUAAACUGACCAGCAGGAUUAUGGACAGUAAGUGGGGCGGGAAGUCCGAGUCCAUCUCCGUCACCCUGAACACCGAGCAGGCCUGUUUCUCCAGAGACGCCCUGUCCAAAGCUCUGUACACCCGACUCUUCGACUUCCUCGUCGACUGUGUUAAUAAAGCCAUGCAGAAGGACCAGGAGGAGCUCAACAUCGGGGUCCUCGACAUCUACGGCUUCGAGAUCUUCCAGCGAAACGGCUUCGAGCAGUUCUGCAUCAACUUUGUCAAUGAGAAGCUGCAGCAGAUUUUCAUUGAGCUCACACUGAAGGCAGAACAGGAAGAAUAUGUUCAGGAGGGGAUCAAAUGGACCUCCAUCGAGUACUUCAACAACAAAGUGGUCUGUGACCUCAUCGAGUCUAAACUGAAUCCUCCUGGGCUCAUGAGCGUCCUGGACGACGUGUGUGCUACGAUGCACGCUAAAGGUGAAGGAGCCGAUCAGACGCUGCUGCAGAAGCUUCAGGGACAGAUCGGAUCCCACGAACACUUCAGCAGCUGGAACAAAGGAUUUAUCAUCCACCACUACGCUGGGAAGGUGUCGUAUGAUGUCCACGGUUUCUGUGAGAGGAACAGAGACGUGUUGUUUAUUGACAUCAUCGAGCUGAUGCAGAGCAGCGAGUUUCCGUUCAUCAGAGCUCUGUUCCCUGAGAACCUGGAGGCCGAGAAGAGAGGGCGUCCGAGCACCGCCAGCAGUAAGAUCAAGAAACAAGCUAACAGUCUGGUCCAGACUCUGAUGAAGUGCACCCCCCACUACAUCCGUUGCAUCAAACCCAACGAGACCAAACGUCCCCGGGACUGGGAGGAGAACCGGGUCAGACACCAGGUGGAGUACCUGGGACUCCGAGAGAACAUCAGAGUCCGCCGGGCCGGAUACGCCUUCAGACGGGUCUUCAACAAGUUCCUGCAGAGGUAUGCCAUCCUGACAAAGGACACCUGGCCUCAGUGGAGGGGCGAGGAGCGUCAGGGAGUCAUGCACCUCCUCAACUCGGUCAACAUGGACCAGGACCAGUUCCAGCUGGGCAAGACCAAAAUCUUCAUCAAAGCUCCAGAGUCGCUCUUCUUGUUGGAGGAGAUGAGGGAGAGGAAGUAUAACGGUUAUGCUCGGGCCAUCCAGAAGGCGUGGCGUAAACACAUUGCUGUCCGCAAGUACGUCAAGAUGAGGGAGGAAGCCUCUGACGUCCUGCUGAACAAGAAGGAGCGCCGCAGAAACAGCAUCAACAGGAACUUUGUGGGCGACUACAUCGGGACAGACAACCAUCCAGAGAUCAGACAGUUUGUCGGCCGCCGAGAGAGGAUCGACUUCGCCGACGUCGUGGUGAAAUUUGACCGAAGAUUCAGGACAGUGAAGCGUGACUUCAUCCUGACCCCGAAAUACCUGUACCUGAUUGGUCGAGAGAAGGUGAAGCAGGGUCCAGAUAAAGGUCAGAUCCAGGAGGUUCUCAAGAGGAAGAUUGAGCUCAACAAGAUCCAGUCUGUUUCCCUGAGCACUCUGCAGGACGACUUCUUCAUCAUCCAUGAGGAGGAAUACGACAGCGUUCUUCAGAGUGUCUUUAAAACAGAGUUCCUCAGUCUGCUGGUCAAACGUUAUCAGGAGAAAACUCAGAAGAAGCUGCCGCUCAAAUUCAACAACCUUCUGGAGUUUAAGGUGAAGAAGGGCGGCUGGGGUCCCUUCAGCUCUUCAGGGUCCAGACAGAUCCAGUUCCAGGUGGGUCAGGGGGACGAGGUGGUCCUGAAGCCCAGCGGGAAGGUCCUGCAGGUCUCCAUCGGAACGGGUCUGCCCAAAAACUCCAGACCGACGAGGAUUGAUAAACGCAAGAGUCGCUACGUGGGCAACCAGGCUCCACCCACCAGCCAGUACAACUCAGCUCCUCGCUCCAGAGGGGGCGGAGCGCCCAGAGGAGGCGGAGCGCCCAGAGGGGGCGGAGCGCCCAGAGGAAGCUCCAACACCUCCAGAGGCUCCCUGAUGAGGCAGCAGUCCAGCAUGGAGCAGCCCAGUCUGCCCCGCCUCCAGAGUCAGCAUCGCCACGACAACCGCCCCCCCCAACACCACGACAUGGGCUUCAUGGACGUCCCCGAGCAGGGCGCCGCAGGGCUGCAGCGGCGGCUGUCAAAGGAGGUGAAGCCUCUUCCCGGAGCAGGUCGACCCAAACCGGCUCCCAAACCGAAGCCUCGGUCUCCGCAGUGCAAAGCUCUGUACGCUUACGACGCCCAGGACACCGAUGAGCUCAGCUUCAACGCUGAUGAUGUCAUUGAGAUACUUACUGAAGACUCAUCUGGUUGGUGGUUUGGUCGGUUGCGGGGCAGAGAGGGGAUGUUCCCCGGAAACUACGUCGAGAAAAUCUAGACUUCCUCUCCAGGGGGUCAGAGGUCAAUGACUUGUUGCUGCAGUCGGGGUCAGAGAUCACCAUGUCUUUCAACACAUCAGCUGACAGGAAACGGGAAGCUGAUUACUGAUUAUGACAAGUUCAUUCAUAAACAAACCCAUGUAUGUUUCAGUCAGUGACGACAGCUGUCAGUCAACCAGAGCUGCAGCUGCAUCGUCCCCAGAGGUCAAAGGUCAGGGUCUGGUCCUCCUACCUGCUGACUCCUGGACUGAAAACGUCUGUGUCCCCGUAACGUUGUGUACAGUCAGGUUAAAUGUCCCCAUGUGACUUCAGUCUCUUGUUAUCUCUGAUGGUUUUAAAACAGCAGCUCGAUCACAUUUUACAUCAGUGUUACCAUGGAAACGUGAUGAGAAUAUCAGCGUAAAAUCCUGCCAGCGCCGCCUACAGGUUCCAGUGUUUAUUACAGCCACAAUAUGAAAGUGCUGACAGAACAAACAACAAACUGUUUUCUUCUGAGACAAAGAAAAACUCAGCAAGUAUCUUCAAACAAGAUGAAAUGUGUUAAACUGUCUGCAGUGUUGGAGACGAAAAUAAAUCAAAAGAUGAACACACUGGAACUUUAAAAUAUAAAAUAAAUCUCUUUUAUUCCUUUGAACAUGUAAAAUGUACCUGAACGUCACGGCUGAAAACACAUUGAAUAAUCUGCAGGUUUUAGCUCUCUGAUCGAAAAAUACAAUAAAAAUACAAUUAAAUAUAUUAAACAAUUUUUACAACUAAAUAAUUUUCUGUUCAAAUCAGCCUGUUUUCUGCUCUUUCAGAACAAAUUAUUUUUCCAGAGAACAAACAAACACUGCUCAGAUCAGACAGAGUUUGUGUGUUUUAUGUCUGUUGACUGUGUUUUAUAGACGUCUGUAUGAAACAUUAAUGUUGUUUUAGUUCAGAGGAUCAUCCAGCCAAUAAACUGACAUUUCAGUACGAA